CUGAUGGACACCUAUAGGGGUAAUUCUAAUUGAUGAAAAAUUAUGUAAACUUUUAGAUUGAGGAGAAAAACUAUUACACUACCUAAAUAAACUUCUAGAGUAAGUAAAAAGGGAAAAACGAUUUUUCAAUUUUCCUCAUUUAAGUCGAUCAUGCUUAUUUUCAUUUUUGUUCAACUUGUUCGAUGGCAACGAAAGCACGGCACCGCCUUAAAUUUUGAUGGGUUUUGCCUUUCUGUUGAAGAUUACUCUAAUUUAUUUAUGGUACUUCCCGUAUAAAAACAGAUGUAAUUGUUCAAAGAAAAGAAAAUCCAAAGUAAUAAAAAACAAAGGCAAUUCAUACUUCAGGAACCACGAGCAAGAGCACACAGUUUUUAUUUUAUUAUUUCUUUUCUUGUUUGCUUUGGACCCUGGUUGGUACUUGGAAAGAAAAAAAAAAAAAAAAAGAAACUCAGUCUGAAUUAAAAAAAAAAAGAAAUGGCAAAAUCAAUUGUUUCAGCCGUUUUGGAGAAGUCGAGUUCCUUGUUAAUGAUACCUGGAGAGAUAAAACAAAACUUUGAGUUGGCCUUAGCUCUCGAAGAAGAAAUCGGAAAAGUGAUUGCUCAUUUUCAGGAUAUUCAAUCAGUACUUCAAGAUGCAGAAUCAAAACAGGUAAAGGAUGCGAACGUGAGAAAUUGGUUGAAGAAACUGAAAGAUGUAGCCUAUGAUGUUGAUGAUGUGGUGGACGAGUGGAAUUCUGAGAAACUGAAAUCACAGAUUGAGAAAGAACAAAAAGAAGCCAGAAAUUUCCCCUUGCUGAAGAAGAUGCGCAAUUCUAUCUCUUCUUUUACCUUUCAAACUAUUCUAUACUAUAAAAUGAAAUCCAAGCUAAGCGGAGUAAAUGAACAACUUGAUAGUAUAGCUACCGAAAAAGAUAGGUAUAAGUUCGGGUUAGAGAAGGUAGUUGAAGAACCCCGAAGGCUAAUAACUGCCUCUUUCAUAGAUGAUGAAGAAGUUUAUGGAAGGCGUCAAGAGACAGAGCUUCUAGUGAAUAUGUUGGUGGGGGACAAUAGUAGUGGAGGAGGGUUGAAGCUCCCUGUUAUAUCUAUCGUGGGGAUGGGGGGAAUUGGGAAAACGACACUUGCUCAACUGGUUUACCAUCACAGUGAUGUUGAAUGUCAUUUUGGUAAGAGAUUAUGGAUAUGUGUCUCAGACCCUUUUGAUGAGAUAAGGAUUGCCAAAGAGAUCCUUGAAGCAUUUAAAGGCGAAAGUUCGAAUUUAGUUGGAAAGGAUAACAUCUUGCAGGAAAUUCGUAGCCAUGUUUCAGGGAAGAAAGUACUCCUCGUGUUGGAUGAUGUGUGGAGUGAAGAUGCAACAAGAUGGGAGCAAUUGAAAACCUCCCUCAAGCAUUCCUCUCCAGGGAGUAGAAUUUUGAUAACCACUCGGAACGAAAAAGUUGCUAUAAUAAUGGGAACAACAUCUCCAAACUUAUUUCUAUUAAAUACUUUGUCACUAGAGGAAUGUCGGUCAUUACUUAGCCGUAGAGCAUACUAUGGGAGGACAAGAGAGGAAAGUGAAAAUUUAGAUGAUAUUGGUUGGAAAAUUGCUGAAAAGUGCCAGGGCUUGCCCCUUGCUGCGAAGAUUCUAGGUGGUCUCUUGCGGUUCAUGAGAACCAGAGAACAAUGGCAAAAUGUAUUGGAUAGUGAAAUGUGGGACAUUGAAGAGGCUGAACAAGAUCUUUUCCCUCCCUUGUUUUUGAGUUAUUAUGAGUUGCCUUCGGCUCUUAAGCAGUGCAUUUCAUAUUGUGCUGUCUUUCCGAAAGGUAUGAUCUUAAGAAAAGAUGAAUUGAUCAAGCUGUGGAUGGCGCAAGAUUACUUGAAGGGAGUGCGGUGUGAAGAGAUGGAGAUUGUUGGUGAGGAAUAUUUUGAUGAGCUACAUAUGCGUUCAUUUUUUCAGGAUUUUAGAGGGGAUGAACUAGACAGCGAUAUUAUAAAAUACAAAAUGCAUGAUCUAAUUCAUGAUUUUCUUCUAGUUUUAAUGAAAACCGAAUGUGUGAUGCUAGUAAACCAUGAUUCUGAAGAGUUAAAAUUAGACUUGUCAUGUGAAAGGGCUCGCUAUGGAACAUUGAUUCGUAAAGAAGCUGCACCAACAGAACCUAAUAUUUUCCGUUUCAGAAAGUUGCGUAGCCUCCUUAUUGACCCAAGCUAUCAUGAUACCUCAUCACUAAGACUAUAUUUGCCCAGGUUGUUUGAUCAAUUGACUUGCCUAAGGACUUUAAAUUUGAGUAACGGUUUAUUCAGAAAUUCAAUUGAAGAACUUCCUGAUGAGAUAGGAAAAUUGGUUCACUUGAGAUAUCUUAACUUGAAGAACAAUAAAAAAUUGAAAGAAUUACCUGAACCACUGUGUGGGUUAUGUAAUUUACAGACCUUAAACCUCAAAUGGUGUGAUAGUCUUAAAGAGUUACCGUGUGGAAUUGGAAAAAUAAUCAACUUGAGGCAUCUUGAGAAUGAUCAAACAAACUUGAGCCUGAUGGCAAUACCAAAAGGAAUUGGAAGAUUAACGAACCUUCAGACACUAAGUUUGUUUGUUGUAACGAGUAAUAGCGAUACAUCUAGUCUUGGAGAUCUUCAAAACUUAAUUCAUCUUCGAGGACUUCUUAAGAUAAGUGGAUUGGGAGCUGUGUGUGAUGUGACUGAAGCUGAGAAAGCAGAGCUUGAAAACAAGAAAGGCCUUCGGACUUUGAUACUAGAUUUUACUAUUUCGAAGGGGUUAUAGGUGGCAGAGAGAUGAUGGAAGACUCCUUGAAGCUCUGCGACCACCUCCUUACUUGGAAGAGCUAGAGAUAUGGUGGUACAGUAGCCCCACCAUUUCUGCCAACUGGAUGAUGGGCUUGACCAAGUUGAGCCAUGUUUCAUUGGGUUAUUGCUUGCACUUGAAGUCUUUGCCUCCCUUGGGGAAAUUGCCAUCCCUUGAAUCACUCUAUAUAGGGGGAAGGAGCAGAGUGGAAAAAGUGUCAGUUGAGUUUCUGGGUGUAGAAAGAGAAGAGAUAUUAGCACCUUCAUCAUCUUUGGAAUCACCUUCAUCAUCUGUUAUUGCCUUCCCUAGUCUAAAACAUUUUGAAUUUGAAUUUUUUGAUUUGGAAGAGUGGGAGGAUUGGGUGCCAUUAACAAGCAGAGAAGAGCAUAUUAGCAUCAUGCCUCGGCUUUGUUCCCUAACUAUUAAUUCCUGCCCAAAGUUAAAGGCACUGCCAUGCUACGUUCUUCAUAAUACAAGUCUAAAGCAAUUGAACAUCAGCCAGAGUCCAAUUCUUUCAGAACGUUGCAGAAAGGAGACCGGGGAGGACUGGCUAAAGAUUUCUCACAUACCUAGCAUCAUGAUCGACAGUGUACGCAUACAAGUAAACUGCUCUUCUGUUGAGGAGUUCGGGGUAUUGCAAUUUCAACCACUACACAGCUCUUCGUUAAGUUCGAAUUUCAGUCAGAAUUGAUGUGUAUUACAGGAGAGACAGGAACUGUGUUUUAAGGCAAGUUACAUGGGAUGCCACUGGCAAGAAGGAAGGUGACUGGAGCAUGUUGUGCCUCUUUGUAUCUCAAGAUUUUUUCUUAGUAGAGGUCGACAAGUUCGUUGUACAAAGGGUUAUCGAAAGAAGAUUUAAAGGAUCUGGAGUUAUGCAGUGGAGCUGUGUCAUAAAUAUAUUAGCGGAUACGAUUAUUGGAAAUGUAAACUAGAGGAGAAUGAAGUCAUCCGUUGGCAAUACAAAAUGUAAGAGGCACGACCUAUUUGAUGGUAAUAUGGAAUGCAAGAAAUGCAUACUAUUUUUUGGCAAUAUAAAAUACAAUAAGUAUAUGCUACGCGUUGUGUAAGAAAUGCCUGUUAAAAUACAAGCAAGAGGACGGUUAUAAAUAAUGGUAGAAAAUGUAGCUAUUUGGCCAGAGUUUUUGACGAAUAAUAUUGGAUAAAUGCUUAUGGAAGGUGGUAUUGUAAUGUUGAUCCAAAAAUAA